CUAAAAACCAAACGAUGUCUCUGAUCAUCGGUCGGCCUCGUGUCACAAUUAGAGGAAUCCGAAGAGCAAGAACUUCCCGUUAUUUCUGGUGUCAAAACUGCCAUCGUAGUGUUAGGAUUAAUGUUUCCACAAACAUAUUCGAAACAUGCAUGUGUCCCUAUUGCUUCCAUGAGUUGCAUCUUGAUCUGGACAUGACAAGGCCUAGCCCCGUGAUCACUGGCCUCAGGAGCCUAGACGCCUUGGCUCGCCUGCUCGACCCAUCUCCAAGGCCUCGUCAAAAUGCUGCUUUUGGCAGGAGAUUGGAAUUAGGGGUCUCUGAAGUUGGAAAUGGAGGACCAUUUCAACAAGCUGGGAUUACUCUUGUCGGACCGCCUCGUCCACCAAGACUUAUUUCUCCACCAUUUGAGGAGGUGCUGAACGAGUUGGUCGGAGGGAUGGCCCGGCAGAAUGACCUGCAGCCAGGGCCGCCUCCGGCUCCGGUUGCUGCAGUUUCAGCCAUCGAAGCCUUACUGCCAAGGGUGAAACUCACGCAGAAGCAUUUAGAUGACGACCCAAGUUGCCCGGUGUGCAAGGAAGAUUUUGAGCUUGGUGGGGAAGUGAGACAGAUGCCAUGCAAACAUUUCUAUCAUUUCGAUUGCAUUGUCCCUUGGCUCUCCAUCCACAACACUUGCCCUGUUUGCCGCUAUGAGCUGCAAUACACUUACGACAACUACGUUCUAGAAGACUUUAGAGAUGAUGAAGGUUUUCACUUUGAAGAUCUAACAAACGGGCUGAUCAACUGGUUAUGGAAUCGACUGUUCUUUUUCUGGCCUUUCCGUGCACUGUCGAGUUGGGCACAACGCUACCUUAAUUUUGAAGAUUCUACUCCAUACUAGUUCUUCUGGGGGUAUUUCCUGGUGGCAUUCUUGGCCCAUUCUAUAGCUAGCUUUGUGUUCAUGUCACUGCCAGGUGCUAAAAACAGUUUCUCUGAGCUCUACAAUUCAUAAUUAUGUUGCUUCCAAGGCAGGUAAAAUAAAUAAACUAAUUAAGGUAAGAAUGAUCAUCAAGAUAUAUAGCUGUGAUGAAAACACGUUGAAGCUUUUCAGUGUGAUAAAACGAUAAAAAAUAAAAAGAACAUACGCUGGACUCGAAACUGACACGCAGACACUAGUUUCGGAGUUCGGAGGAGAGAGAGGGAAAUGAUGGCUUCAGCUCUGCCUCAACCAUCCUUUUUCCACAUAUGGGAGGUGGCUUCCACACCCACAUCAAGACCGCUUAGUCUCGCCACCACCGCGGCUUCUCUCCACAUCGGCUACCUUCUCCGCUUCCAUGUCAGCCACCGCCUUGAAUUAGGGUUGCUUCUUCAUUCCUGCUUCCAGAAACUAUCCUGUCUCGAUCACGUGCCUAGAUUGAAGGAUGUAUGGCACGAAAAAACCUUGCAAUUCAGGGGAAUUAAUUUUCUUCAGUUAUCAAAAGAUGCUGUGACAUCCACAUAUUCAACUUGUUUAUCUUUCUUUGAUGGGGGAGAAAAAAGAAAUGGAUUUAGAAAUGAUGGGGUGCCACACUCAAAGAUAUCCAGCAAGAAUUCAUUCGAUGGAAGAAGGUGGACCAAUAUUCUACUUGCUGCUAAUGUAUUAGUUUUUAUUGCACAAACCGCAACACAAGGGAAACUACUAUUAUGGGGAGCUAAGAUAAAUAGUCUCAUUGACGCAGGCCAAUUGUGGAGGCUAGCAACAUCUUCCUUUUUGCAUGCCAACAUUGGGCAUCUAAUGGUCAACUGUUAUUCUUUGAAUUCAAUUGGUCCUAGUGCCGAGAAAAUCAGUGGUCCUAGGAGAUUUCUUGCAGUUUACUUUGCCUCUGCUAUUGCAAGUUCAGCAAUGAGUUAUUGGUUUUGCAAAGCACCUGCAGUUGGUGCUUCGGGAGCAAUCUUUGGACUAGUUGGAACAGUUGCUGUGUUUGUAAUGAGGCAUAGACAACUGGUUGGAGGUGGCAAAGAAGAUCUGCAACACAUAGCGCGAGUUGUUGUUCUGAAUAUGACUAUCGGGCUACUGUCCAAAGGCAUUGAUAACUGGGGACAUUUAGGAGGCUUGCUUGGUGGGGCUGCCACAUCUUGGCUUCUUGGACCUGCAUGGAAGUAUGAGUCUGUUUCGAAGGAUGGACGGAGAGUUUUUGCAGACAGGGCACCAAUAUUCUACCUCAUCCAGAGAAAAUGAGAAACAGAGGCGGUUUUACUGAAACUAUUGGUUUCUAGACUGAGCUUUCUCUAAUUUCUUGAAAUGAGAUACUCGUAUUGAAUAUUAUUAUUCGGUUAAAAGGUGCAUUGCUGGUUGUUUCUUUUUUAUUUACACUGAGAUCGCAAUUAUUGUACUUCUAGUUAGAUUUGGCCCAAGUGGUGAAGGCUUUAGUCUUGGAGUAUCA